CAAAACACAGCCUGAUCUGGUCACUUUACCCUCGCAGAUACAGCAAUAUAUAUAAGAGCAAUAACAAGUUUAUAGUUUGACUCGUCAAUAAAUUUCUGCACCGAAACCCCGUCUCUCUCUCUCGUCUCUCUACCCGAAAACCAAGGACUUCAUUGCUGGCUCUCCACGACUGGAGCAGCCGCGACUACGUAGAUCGCGAGCAUGCAUCUCGAUGCUCAAGUUGUGCUCAAAACAAGCCUUGCCACGUCCCUAAUCCAAGACCCCAUCGGCAAACUCCCAACGUUAGGAUGGAACUCCUGGAACGCCUUUGGGUGUAAUAUCGAUGCGACGAAGGUCAUGACUGCAGCGAACGAGGUUGUUAAUCUCGGUCUAAAAGACGCCGGUUAUGAAUAUAUUAACAUCGACGAUUGCUGGUCGAUCAAAGACGGCCGCGACGAAACUACUCACCGGAUUCGUCCCGACCUCACCAAGUUUCCUGAUGGUAUCAGUGGCAUCGCAGACAAGAUCCAUGCCCUCGGUCUCAAAAUAGGAAUCUACUCCUCGGCGGGCACCAAUACAUGCGAGGGCUACCCUGCCUCCAUCGGCUACGAGGAAGUGGAUGCAGCCACUUUUGCCGAAUGGGGCAUCGACUACCUCAAAUAUGACAACUGUUUCUAUCCAUCUAACUGGACAGACACAUAUGCCAGCUGUAUCCCUGAUGGAAGUUCUCCCCUCCUAACCAACGGGACCUGCCCCGUUACCAGCCGUACUGCCCCCGAGGGCUAUGACUGGAGCACUUCCAACACCACCCAGCGCUACCGCAUCAUGGGCGACGCUUUGAAAGCGCAGAACCGAACAAUUCUCUACAGUCUGUGUGAGUGGGGUCGGGCAAGUGUGCAAAACUGGGGUUCAUCAAUUGCUCCAACAUGGCGCAUGAGCGCCGACAUCACGCCCCAAUGGUCGCGCAUCACGCAGCUGCUCAAUAUGAACUCGUUCCUGAUGAACUACAACGAUCACUGGAGCCACAGCGACCCUGACAUGCUCGAGGUCGGCAACGGCGUCUUGACGGAUGAGGAGAAUCGCAGUCACUUUGCACUGUGGGCGGCGAUGAAGAGUCCGCUUGUUAUCGGGACUGCGCUGGACAAGUUGAGUGCGGCGAAUGUGGCGGUCUUGAAGAAUAAAUAUCUUCUUGCCUUCAAUCAGGAUGACAUCUACGGAAAACCUGCGAUGCCAUAUAAAUGGGGCGUCAAUGUGGACUGGACGUUCAACGCUACGAACCCGGCGGAGUACUGGAGUGGCGUGGGCAGCAAUGGGGUGUUGGUACUUGCAUUUAAUUCUCUGGCCGCGACGGCGAUGAGGGAGAUCAAGUGGAGUGAGGUGCCGCAGCUUGACGGAACCUCGUAUCAGGUUGAGGAUAUCUGGUCGGGGGCGAAGCUGGGAUGUGUCAAGGAGGGCAUCUCCAAGGACGUCGUGAGCCACGACACUAUCGGAUAUUUGGUGGGUGAGAAGUGCUAACCCCCCCCUGAGAGGUAGUCCCGGUCCGUUUUGGUUGUAUAUGCCGUGAGAUGGGGGUAAGUGGACAACUUGUGUGAGAGGAUAAUGGCUAAAUAGGUGCUAAGAGAGGAGGGUAGGAGGACUGUUGCUAUGAGAGAUGGGUAGUCGGACAAUUGCUAUGAGUAGGGGGAUAAUCAAACAUAGCUAUGAGAGGAGUGCAGC